AUGUUCGCCGCUCGCCGCUUCGCUACCAACGUCCCCCGCGUCCGGGCUCAAGCCGCGUUCUUCCACAAGACCGCCCCCGCCCUCGUCCAGAAGGGUGAUGCUAUUCCCAACCUGGACGUCCUGGUCGAGAACUCCCCCGGAAACCAAGUCAACCUCGCCAAGGAGCUCAAGGGCAAGGGUGUCAUCAUCGGUGUCCCGGCUGCUUUCAGCCCCGCUUGCUCCAGCACCCACGUCCCCGGUUUCAUCAAUCACCCCAAGCUCAAGGAGGCCGGCCAGGUCUUUGUCGUCGCCGUCAACGAUCCUUUCGUGACCAAGGCUUGGGCUGAGUCGCUCGACCCCAGCGGCAAGAGUGGCAUUCGCUUCUUGGGUGACCCGACCGCUCGGUUUAACGAGGCUCUUGACCUGACCUUCGACAGCCGGGCCAUCUUUGGCAACAUCCGCAGCAAGCGCUACGCUCUGUUGGUGGAGGAUGGCAAGGUUAAGGAAGCCUUUGUGGAACCCGACAACGCCGGUCUCAAUGUUUCCGCUGCCGAGAAGGUCCUGGGCUAG